AUGUCGGGGUUCCCUCAGGAUCCGGGGGCGAGCAGCUCCAACACGAGCUCCAGCGUAUCCCCUCAGCCUGCUGCGUCCCAAAACCCUUUCAACAAUAGUCAACAGCCGGGAAAGCUCCAGACUCCGCCGCUGCUCCAUCCUUCGUCCGCGACGCCGCAAGCACGAAAAGAGAAGAAGAGGGUCGGAUUCCACGGCGACGGCCAGACCCAAGCCCAAGUCCAACCGGAGAACCGCCCGCCGAGCAUCGUCAUCGAGGACGACUACUUCGCCCAGGCCAUGUCUCCUGAGGGUCCCGAAGUUAACCCCUUCGACACCCCGCGCCGCCGAGACACUGAUAUCACCCCGGCUGGCGCCCCGGAUGCCGGCGAGCUGCGCCGCGCCCUCACCCAGGUGCUCAACUUGGAGAACCAAGAUGGCAGCCCUUCCGAGACGCCCGCCCGGCCUCGGCCCGUGUUGCGUCGGAACACCAGCUACGACGACCCGCAGGAAAGGGAAAAGGCCGACCUUGCCGAGCGAACCGCCGGCGAACGCCAGCAGCGCUCCGGGCUCGAGGCCCGCCAGCGCGCCAACCGCCUGGCCGUCAGCAUCGAAAACUACUCGUCGCCCCCGUCUCGCACCAACUCGGUCGACAUGGCCUACAAUCCCUUCAGCGACGACGAGGACGCGGAUCACGUCACCGGCCUGAGCUCGGCGGUAGACGGCGCCCAAGACCGGCGCAAGGUCCGCUCCCGUCCUAGAAAGAACUCUCACCUGGACGCCGAGAACCUCGUUCGAUCGCACACGAAGCGCUCCAAGAAGGGCGACCGGGGACCGAACGACUACUUCAAAUACCAGCCACCGCCCGGCGUCCGCUCCGGGACCGCCACACCCACCCUCGAGCAGUCGUACGCCCACGACUAUGUCCCGCCGCCCAAGCAGUACCAAGGCGGUAUUCUCUCUUCCCUUCUUAAGCUGUACAACGAGAACGGAAGCGGAGGCAGCAGUGGUCGAAACACGCCUGGGGCCAACACGCCUGGGACGGCAACGCCCAACCAUUCUCCUCCCGGCUCCAAGCCGGCAUCUGCCCCCCCCUCGGCCCCCCCCUCGGCUCCCGGAUCUCCUCGUCCGUCGCGCCCCAACAGUGGCUUGUUCCAUUACCACAAGAAGCAGGGAUCCCGCUCUUCGGUUGCCCUGGCAGAACUUCUCAAGUCGUCGUCCGCCAUGGCCGGUCCCGCCUCGAGCGUCUUCAGCCAGGGGUUCACAGAGAAGAUCAAGCAUGAGCCCCCGUCGAGGCCGAAGAAGAGGAAGUCCAGUGUCUGGGGCGGCUCGUCGCCCAAGUCCUCCAAGGCGGACGAUAAGAUCCGCAUCACCAAGCACAUUGCCCAGAUCUUGUCGCGCCAUAAGUAUCUCGUCAAGCUGUGCAGGGCGCUGAUGCUCUAUGGUGCUCCGACGCAUAGGCUCGAGGAGUACAUGAAGAUGUCGGCCCGCGUGCUCGAGAUCGAGGGCCAGUUCCUCUACAUUCCCGGCUGCAUGAUCAUCAGCUUCGACGACAGCGCCACCCACACGACCGAGGUCAAGAUUGUCCGUUCGGCACACGGCGUCGACCUGGGCAAGCUGCGCGACGUGCACGACAUCUAUAAGCAGGUCGUCCACGAUCUCAUCAGCGUUGACGAGGCCACCAUCAUGAUUGAGAACAUCACGAGCCGCAAGCUCAAGUUUGGCAACUGGACGCGCGUGCCGAUCUACGGCCUGGCCAGCGUCUGUGUCGCCCCUUUCGCCUUCCAGGGACGCUUCAUCGAUCUGCCCAUCGCCUUUAUCCUCGGCUGUAUCCUCGGCUGGAUGCAGCUUAUCCUCGCGCCGAGCAACGAGUUGUACGCCAACGUCUUCGAGAUCACGGCCGCCAUCGUCACUUCCUUCCUGGCACGCGCCUUCGGAUCCAUCAACAACGGCGAGCUGUUUUGCUUUUCUGCACUGGCACAGAGCUCCAUCGCCCUCAUCCUGCCCGGUUACAUGGUGCUCUGCAGCAGUCUGGAGUUGCAGAGUCACAACCUGGUAGCCGGGAGUGUGCGCAUGGUCUAUGCCAUGAUCUACACCCUCUUCCUCGGAUACGGCACCACAAUCGGCACCGCCCUCUACGGCAUGAUCGACAAACACGCGGAAUCCCGGACGUCCUGCACCAACCCGCUUAAUAGGAACUGGUACCUGCUCUUCGUCCCGGGCUUCACCCUUUGCCUCUGCAUCAUCAACCAGGCCAAGUGGAAGCAGACGCCCGUCAUGAUCAUCAUCUCUCUGGCCGGGUUCCUCGUCAACAGCUACUCGUCCGACUUCUUCGUCGGCAACGCCCAGAUCUCCAACAUGCUGGGCGCACUCACCGUCGGGCUGCUGGCUAACCUCUACUCCCGCCUCGGUCGCCACGCUCACAACUACUGCCUCGACUUCCUCGACUGGUGGGACCUCCGCAUAGCUCCGCGCUUUGUCACCGCGAGCCGUCGCCGCAACGAGCGUCCUCGUCCGGAGAUGUAUCAGAUGUCCGGGCAGACCGGCGCUGGUGCCGGUUCCAACGGGGUCCACACCCCCGGCGAAACCACGCCCGAGACGGCGCCCACCACACCGACGACCGAGGCCUUCUCCGAAAAGGACAUGGCCGAAGGCGUCGUCCCCGAGCGAAAGCGCACCGUUGGCUACGGACUCGCCGCCGCAGCCAUGCUGCCUGCGAUAUUCGUGCAGGUACCUAGUGGUCUUGCGGCCGGCGGGUCGCUGCUUGCUGGCGUGACGUCCGCCGACCAGAUCACCAACAACAACGGCACGACGAGCGGUGACUCCUCGGACCUCAACAACUCAGCAUUCGCAGUCCUCCUCAGCGUUAUCCAGGUCGCCAUCGGCAUCACCGUCGGCCUGUUCCUGAGCGCCCUGAUGGUAUACCCGCUGGGCAAACGUCGCAGCGGCUUGCUCAGCUUCUAG